CGGCCUUGCUUGCUUGACCUCUCUCCCGUUCCCCGCCCGCCUCGUCGACCUUUUUUUUUUUUCUUUCUUUCUUUUUUUCUCUCACAGUUUCGGAGUCUGUGGCGUCGCGGCCGCCGCCCUGCGGGGGAACCCUCGUGAGAAUGGUGGGAGUGAAGCCGGUCGGGAGCGACCCGGAUUUCCAGCCCGAGCUGAGCGGCGCGGGCUCCAGACUCGCCGUGGUCAAGUUCACCAUGCGAGGGUGUGGACCAUGUUUAAGGAUUGCCCCAGCAUUCAAUUCUAUGAGUAAUAAGUAUCCACAGGCAGUUUUCUUGGAAGUUGAUGUUCAUCAGUGUCAGGGAACAGCUGCCACCAACAAUAUUUCGGCCACACCUACAUUUUUGUUUUUUCGGAACAAAGUGAGAAUUGAUCAGUAUCAAGGAGCAGAUGCUGUGGGAUUAGAAGAGAAAAUCAAACAGCAUCUAGAAAACGAUCCUGGAAGCAAUGAGGAUGCAGAUAUUCCAAAAGGCUAUAUGGAUUUAAUGCCUUUUAUUAACAAAGCUGGUUGUGAAUGUCUUAAUGAGAGUGAUGAGCAUGGAUUUGACAACUGUUUACGAAAAGACCCAAGCUUCUUGGAAUCUGAUUGUGAUGAGCAGCUCCUUAUUACUGUGGCAUUCAAUCAACCUGUUAAGCUUUAUUCAAUGAAAUUUCAGGGGCCAGAUAAUGGUCAAGGCCCUAAAUAUGUAAAAAUUUUUAUCAAUCUACCCCGGUCUAUGGAUUUUGAAGAGGCAGAAAGAAGUGAGCCAACUCAAGCUCUGGAGCUAACAGAGGAUGACAUUAAAGAGGAUGGCAUCGUCCCGCUGCGCUAUGUGAAGUUUCAGAAUGUCAACAGUGUGACUAUAUUUGUUCAGUCCAAUCAAGGUGAAGAAGAAACAACAAGAGUUUCAUAUUUUACUUUUAUUGGCACUCCAGUCCAGGCAACAAAUAUGAAUGAUUUCAAACGAAGAACACACAUUGGCAAGUUGAGAGUUAUCAACCUGUGAAACAGUAGUUGGCAAAAAAGGAGAAAGCCACUAAGGUACAGAAGACACUGGAAGACCUUAUUGCAAGCAGAUCUACAGCUCCUGGAUAAUUGCUUGAUUCUCACCAGAGACUGUCAAUAUUCCAUUCAUUGCCAUUACCAAUAAAUAAAUCAUUGCUUUUGUUCAGAUGGUAUCACUAGUGUUUCUAUUGUAAUCUUGAUACAUGCAAUUGUAAAUAAAAGUCACUACUUUUGCCAAGCUUAA